CGGAGCGAGCCGGGCGGCGGGGCGGCCGCGCAGUGUCCGGGAUCCAGGCCUGGCAGGGGGUUGUGCGCGCGCGACCGGCCGGCUCUGCCCGCACCCGUGUCGGCUCCGGAGCGGGGCCUCACUCGGGCCCCCUCCAUGUGACGGUGCCCCGCGGAGCCUGAGCGAGCAGCGGGUCCGUGCGGAGCCGGAGGCGGGAGGAACAUGACAUCGCGGAGAUGGUUUCACCCCAACAUCACUGGUGUGGAGGCAGAGAAUCUCCUGCUGACCAGAGGAGUCGAUGGCAGUUUUUUAGCAAGGCCCAGUAAGAGUAACCCUGGAGACUUCACUCUGUCUGUUAGAAGAAAUGGAGCUGUUACCCACAUCAAGAUUCAGAACACUGGGGACUACUAUGACCUCUAUGGUGGGGAGAAGUUUGCCACCUUGGCUGAACUGGUCCAGUAUUACAUGGAACACCAUGGGCAGCUGAAAGAGAAGAAUGGAGAUGUUAUCGAGCUCAAGUACCCGCUGAACUGUGCAGACCCUACCUCUGAAAGGUGGUUCCAUGGUCACUUGUCUGGAAAAGAAGCAGAGAAGCUGCUGACGGAGAAGGGCAAGCAUGGCAGCUUCCUCGUUCGAGAGAGCCAGAGCCACCCCGGAGACUUCGUUCUCUCUGUGCGCACUGGUGAUGACAAAGGGGAGAGCAACGACGGCAAGUCCAAAGUGACCCACGUCAUGAUCCGCUGUCAGGAGCUGAAAUACGACGUUGGUGGGGGAGAGCGCUUUGACUCUCUUACAGACCUGGUGGAGCAUUACAAGAAGAACCCCAUGGUGGAAACGCUGGGCACAGUCCUGCAGCUCAAGCAGCCCCUCAACACAACCCGUAUCAAUGCUGCUGAAAUUGAAAGCCGGGUUCGAGAGUUAAGCAAGCUGGCUGAGACCACAGAUAAAGUCAAGCAGGGCUUUUGGGAAGAGUUUGAGACACUCCAGCAACAGGAAUGCAAACUUCUCUACAGCCGAAAAGAAGGACAGAGACAAGAAAAUAAAAACAAAAACAGAUACAAAAACAUCCUGCCCUUUGAUCAUACCAGGGUCGUUCUGCACGAUGGGGAUCCUAACGAGCCUGUUUCUGAUUACAUCAAUGCAAACAUCAUCAUGCCUGAGUUUGAGACCAAGUGCAACAAUUCCAAACCCAAAAAGAGUUACAUUGCCACUCAAGGCUGCCUGCAGAACACGGUGAAUGACUUCUGGCGGAUGGUGUUCCAGGAGAACUCUCGAGUCAUUGUCAUGACCACAAAGGAAGUGGAGAGAGGGAAGAGCAAAUGUGUCAAGUACUGGCCUGAUGAGUAUGCACUCAAAGAAUACGGGGUCAUGCGUGUUAGGAACGUCAAAGAAAGUGCCGCCCAUGACUACACUUUACGAGAGCUCAAACUCUCCAAGGUCGGACAAGCUCUACUCCAGGGAAACACAGAGAGAACCGUCUGGCAGUACCACUUUCGGACCUGGCCAGACCAUGGCGUGCCUAGUGACCCUGGAGGUGUGCUGGACUUCCUGGAGGAGGUCCACCACAAGCAGGAGAGCAUCGUGGAUGCAGGCCCUGUCGUGGUUCACUGCAGUGCUGGGAUUGGCCGGACAGGAACGUUCAUUGUGAUUGAUAUCCUUAUUGACAUCAUUCGAGAGAAAGGUGUGGACUGUGACAUCGACGUUCCUAAAACCAUUCAGAUGGUGCGGUCCCAGAGGUCAGGGAUGGUCCAGACAGAAGCACAGUACCGGUUUAUCUACAUGGCUGUCCAGCAUUACAUAGAGACACUGCAGCGCCGGAUCGAGGAGGAGCAGAAAAGCAAAAGGAAAGGACAUGAAUAUACCAAUAUUAAGUAUUCCUUGGUGGACCAGACAAGUGGUGAUCAGAGUCCCCUGCCACCCUGCACCCCAACACCACCCUGUGCAGAAAUGAGGGAGGACAGUGCCCGAGUCUAUGAGAAUGUGGGCCUCAUGCAGCAGCAGAGGAGUUUCAGAUGAGCCCACGGCGACAGAACACAGAUGUGAACUUUCACCCCUUUCCUAAAAUGUCAAGACUAGACGAAAGUUUCCAGGACCUGUGCGUUCAGAAGCUCGCCGGCACUGACUUGACUGCCUUUUGAGAAGCGAAGUUUGGAACCAUUUGAACAGCACGUGCCUAAUUGACACCUCCUUUCCUCAGCUAAGGAGAAACUGCUCUGCGUUCUUGACAAUGCGAUUUUCAUAGAAUUGGUUUUGAAUUGUGGAAGCAGCUAAAUUGUGCUCUGUAUUUUCUACAUUAUGGGACUCAAAUUCUAGUUAUGGGCAGGAUUUUGUUUCUUUUUAUGACCUUAACAGACCUGACUUUUUUUUUUUUUCUUUCUCUCUCUUUGGGGAAUCAUGGGCCCCUUGUAAGAAGAAAGGAGUUAGGGAGAUUCCGGCACAGCCUCCCCAAAAGCCAGCCGUCUGUAACCCACUGUUCAUCUUGCUGCUCUGCACAGGGCUCCCAGUGCCCUGGCUGGUGGCUGCUUAGGGUCACUCAUCAUCACAGAGACUCACUGUUUAGUUCCAGGGACCAGUAGGCCAGGCUGUAGACUUGCACCUGGUGAGGGCCUUCUGGCUGUGCCACACUGGACGGGAGAGCACCGAGUGGGGAAUCACUUUUAUGGCACAAGUUCACCGCACCCUCAAGACCCAGGCAUCUCUUAGCAUCUCACUGUCCACACAGUGACAUUGGGAGGUCUUUGUGCUCCCUGCAGACACAUGUCAGGGCACUUUUAAAACAGAUUGACCCAGUCAAGGACAGUUCACUUUUGGUGGCUUCUUUUGUUUAGUGAAAUGGUCAUUCAGCCACUGAAUGAGAGGGUCAGGGGGUAGACAGUCAUGGCUGAAAGGCCCUGGGAACUGGCAUGUGAAGUCUUUCUUCUGAAGAUGACUCCUUGGCUGCAGGUGUGGACAGAGAAGCUGUUCUGGGCAAAGUGACCAUGUUGUCUCUGUACUGGAGUGUUAGUAAGAUCCCGGGGUGAGUGGUCUUUGGUCCUCACUUGUUCCUGACCACCCCACUCCCAUUCUUCAGUNCAGCACAUCUGAUCUGGGUUACAUGAGCCCCCGCUGUCCUGUGAGGGUCACUUGGGAGGUUGGCAACAUGGUCAAAGCCCUGGGCUUCUGCUUCAAUGAGGUGUUUUCCUGGUCUCUUUGGGGUGUUUGUGUAGCCUUACAAGCAGAGUGGCUGGACCCUUAUGUGUCCCCCAGGGUGAAAAGGCAGAAGUGGCCAGGUCUUCUUCAGACUCAAGCCUGGAGUGACCAUGAUGACUUCUUCCGUGGCUGCUGUGAGAGAAUCAGGCUCAGCCCAAGGUGUGAAGUCCUAUGCUCUGNGGCCACCAGUCAGACAGCCCCAGCCCNUGGCAUAGAAGCAAGUGGCUGUAGUUAGCAAGAGCCCAGGCUGCUUAUAGUAGCUGGUGUAAACUGUGUGUCGGAUGAGAAAUGUACAGCAGGCCUUCUNGAAGCUUCCAAGCCCCGCACGUGUGCUGCAGCACCCACCUGAAGACCUGGUGUGGUAGGGUUGGUGGUGNGGACAUGGGAGCUCAUCCCUGAAGCACCGCAGGUGGGGGAAGGCGAUGCUUCCUGGGCCUUGGCUGAGUAUGAAGAGCGGCAGUCCUGGCCAGGCCUCCUAUCAGUUCCAGUCAGCCGUGUCUGCCCUAACCAAACAGCAGGAUUUGCUAAUGUUCUGCCNUAAGUGCCUUCUCCAGAGAUGUCCCUCUGCCCAGUCUUGAUCCUUGAGAGCACGUUUCAGCGAGAGCUUCCAUAUGUGAUGCUCAUGACCAAGCAACCGCACAGUCUCCACUUGAUUCUUCUUGCUUCCAUUUCUGUGAGGAAGGACUGGACCUGCCCUGCAGCUGNCCUGUCUGGGGCCUCCUGCUCCCUGGCAGCCUGAGGUAGUUGGGGAGCACAGGGGCCACCAUUUUCUUAGAGCAUGUGCAUCGAUCCUGGCCCCUUCUCCAACUGAAUUCAAUUGCUUCAGAGCACAGCAUGGCCUGGUGGGAAUGUGGAGACUGCUGUCUUCUCCAAGAGCUUGUAAUGAGAUNAGUUCAGCAUUCACAGCCAGGAUCCCAGAUCCUACUCUCUAUAGCACAUNGUCACAAUGAACUGUGUUGGGUUGGUGGUAAUGUCUAGACUCUGGACUUGGAAGGCAAAGUUUCUCACCAGCACACAGAGGUUAGCUGAGCUGCUGAUCUCUCAAGCUAACAUUUCUACUUGCAGCUUGAGAUCCUGGAGCAGAGAGACCUGCCCUUGGCCCCCUGUGUUCAGUACAGCAANUGUUUUCCUUCGGAUUCCCCCCAGAAGCCAGCCAGCUGUCAUUCCAAUAGGGCAACAGGAAUCCCUAGGUGUCCCAGAUCUGUCAGUGUUAUGGAAGGUGGUUGCAGGGUCUCAGGAGAGGGCACUCUGUGUGUUGUGUGGUGCGGUGUCUGGGAAGAUGAGGUAUGGGAGGUGUGGAUUUGAGACAGCGAGAGUGGAAGUUGCACAGGUGGCUCACGAGCAGGUCAGAGGCACAGGGCCAGCACCGAGCAGGCUGCAUGUGACCUGAGUCUCCCCUCACUGUUGAGCCUUUAAAUCAGAAGUAUAGGAUUUUCUAUUCGGGGAGGGGGUGGGGUGGGGCAUUGUCUAGCACAUGGUAUUGGUUUCUAGAAAGCUACACUUGAGAGUCAUAAUGCUUGUCACAUGGGUGUGCAGCCUUCCUGAGGCCCCAGGUUGCCUCUGUCAUUGCAGCUGGUGCCUUUCUAAUGGAAGACCGGGGUUAGGAAGUGCUGCUGUCAGCAGCUCAGAGGUGCUCAGUGUUGUUUCUAGGGGUUUUGGUGGGAGUCCAAGAAUAUAAGCCUUGUUUCUGGGACAGGACUGAGGCAGAUGCACUCGGGAGGGAAGCACAGGCAGAAGUGUGGGCUCGCUCUACAUUGUCAGACGCCUGUCUCAGGGUCUGUGCUAGCCCACUGCUUUGUUGAACCCUUUCCCCUUCUUGGAAGCUCCCCAGUAGAGCUCACUGCAUCCCCAGUCACUAGCAGCUGUUGCUCUUGUGGGGCGUUGAGGGCACAGGAAGCAGAGAGCAGUUCCUGUUGGUGCUGUAGAACCUGGCUGUGCAUCCAAGUAGUUUUCACAAUUCCUCUUCCUAAACCUCAAUCAUGGGAUUAAUAAUAUACCUGUUUAUUUAUGACCUAAUUGUGACUCUGAUUAAUAAAAGCUAGUGGGAAAGGCCCAUCCAAGAAGCCGAUGACCAGACUCACAUUUAGCUUUCCCACAGCAUAAGAAGCAUCCAUCAGGCAGAGUAUUAAAGAAAUAUAAUAUUUUACUGAUAGACCUGUCCUUUAAAAGGAACGUGUUUUUGGGUGUCAUCAUUUUGGUGUGAAUCAUGUAAGGGUUGGCUGUUUGCUGUUUAGUACACUUUAGUGUCAAGAGACGCACUCAGCUGGCUUUCUGCCCAUGCAUAUCGUGUAGUCUGGAUUUUUAAGCGACAUUAACAGAAUAGUUUGUGUAGAGAAACCUCAAGUUGUUGCCUCCCCAGCUGUGCCAUGAGUGUAUCUGCAUAUACUCUGGGUAUUGUCAGAGGCAGUGGAUUUGUGAGCUGUCUGGAACUAAAAAUUAGAAUAAAAUCAUUUUCUUGUAUUACA